AUGGACGACACGCCGCUGCCUCGUACAGCGGCGGCGCUGGCGACCCCGAGCGGCUCGAGGACGGUCCCGGACGUCGGCUACGACGCCCUUACACACUGCGCUGCCUUCCUAGGUAUGCGAGAUCUCGCGAGGAUGGCCAUGACCUGCAAGUUGUUCCGCCAGGUCGCGUACUCCGAUUCCAUCUGGCGCCGACUGUUCAGGUGCCCCCUCACCUCCGCCGCCUCAAAUUUCUGGUUUUCUUUGAUUCGGUGUCUUUAGUUUCAUCGCUGUUCCACCUCCACAACCAUUUUUCAGAUUUAUACUCAUCUUUUUGCAUGGAUCAAUCCUCAGAGAGAGCUGGCCGCAGAAUUUCAUACCCCUCGAAGCAUCCGGUGCAAGGGCAGCGUAUUUGGCUAGGAACGCUGCAAUUCAACAGUUUAGAUUUGAUGAUCCCCUGAAAUUCAAUAUUCCUGCGUAUGCAUUGCCUCACAGCCAUCUAUUAUUCGACAAAGACGAUGUCAUUCUCGCACAGGUAAUUGUUAAAAACUCGUCAUGUACAUGAUUCUGUGUCACUAUUCUUGAGAAUUUCCUAAUGUCCAGAGGUGCCAUGAUGAACUAGACAGAUACCAAAGAUAUUACAGAGCGGCAGUCAUUACCCUUUCGAGUAGGUUUUGAAGGGUCAUGAAUUGAUAUCAUUUCCCUCUGAUUUAAUACAAGAACUAAUAGACCGUGGUUGCGCGCUCUGUGAUAUCCACGAAGGAUUUCCUCUGGCCUGUAUGAUCACUCCCAUAGAGCCCUCCGUUUCUCAUGCCCUUGCUGGGAAAGGUUCCUGGUUCAGAUGGUUGAUCCCUGGUUCUUGUCGGAUUUGCUCGUCUCUGGAGAUCUCUGAUGGAAACCAUUCAUCCCACUCUUUGCAUCAAUCUCUGGUCACUUUAUUUCUAGGAUAUUAUAGCGCAUUCUCUGUGAUUAACUCACGAUGAAUUCUCUCAGCAUUUUUCUGCAAUUGAAGGAAUUUUGAUGUUGUUUAAAUCUUCUUUAUUAGGGUUCAACACUCCAAAUCCUGAAGGUUGAUACAUCAAGCAGUGAAACAGCACGUGCGACGCUGCGGGCUCACAAUGCAAGGAUUACCUGCGUGAGGUGAAUUUGGUGCUCUUGGAAUGUUAUUGAAUCAUCGCUGGCGUGAUCCCUGUUUUGCAGCUUCUCACAGCAUCAGAUGCAUGUUCCAUUUGCCGCUUCAUAUGGUGUUUUGAUCUGUGGAUGGUCUCUCGAUCCAGCUUGCCUGGAUUUCAUGGCAUUUCUUCUGUCGAAAUUUACAAAAUAUUAGAGUUGAGACGCAUUCUUUCUCCCCCCAAGUCUCAAUUUAAUUUUUUCCAUGGACAUGGCCCUCAAGUUCAUUAACAUAAAUUAAUGGUAACUCUCCAUAGAAGAUCAUCCAUGGCUAGAUAAUUAUAAUUUCUGAAGUAGAUAGACCGAAGAUAUUCACUCAUAAAAACAGGAAAAUGAUCCCAGAAGGUGAUUUCUGAAUGGAUUAUUUUUACUUGAUUUUGGGAAAACUCAAAACUUUGUGAAUGCGAGGAGAAUCCAUGAUCUGUUUUAUUGGAAUUAACGCCUCCACGUUUUAGUCGCUUUGACAUUUAACAUCAUGAACACAUUUCCCAAUAUGCAGGACGAUUUUAAGAUUGGAGAUUGAUCCUGCCGAUGAUAACCCGCUGUUUUUCAAGCACUGAAUUGAUUCUUGAAGCUUUUUGACGAUCCAUUCUGAAUGUUUUCAAGAGAUAUUUCGCAUUACUAUUUAAUUUAUAAAUAAAUAAAUCUGCUCCAUCUCCAUCCAGGUGGAAGUAGACAGGAUAUAUCAAAACGCAAAGACUAACACAACGACUAACUUUCUCAGUUCGGCACUUGAAUUAUCCAGAUAUUCUACACUUUUCUCCCUUUAUUUUUAAGUCAUAUUGAAGAAGUUCCAGCUGAUGUUAAAUCUUUCACAGUUCAAAGAUUUACACAGUUGUAUCAUUCAGUUUUGGAACUCACUGUCUAAGAACAUGCAUAUGCAGAGAGCCGUUUGUAGAGGAUCAAUUCCCAUUCUUGAUGAAAUUUAAUUCAUUUCUUGCUCAUAAAUUGUUUUUCUUGUUAACCUUUUUUAUGAUUUUUUUCUUUUGUGGAACAGAUUGUUCCCUCUCAGUGACACAUUUUUAUUUCGAAAUGAGGCGCAGAAGAAUGAAAAUGUCCUGGUAACCUCAAGUUCAGAUCAUACGAUUCGUCUAUGGUGGAAGGUACUUAUAAUCCUCUUGAUAAGCCACUACCACUGUUACAAUCUGCUAAAUAAUUUUUACUAAUUCUCCCAAUGUUUGAUAUUUUCUCGAUUUUUUGUGAGCACGAGCCAACAUUUUCAAAUGCAUAUGAAUCAACUAAAUACUUGGUAUGUAAAGCAAUACCAUCCUGAGAAGUCAUCAUUUCUGGUGAUUUCACAAUCGCUCAUGGUUUUUUUUUAUGGUUCUAGUUAAGAAUUUUCAUUGAUUUAUUUUUUGACGGAGAACAUAUCUGCCUGAGAGUUGACGAUCGAAUCAUUUCGGAUCAAGAGCGGGGUAAAUGUUCUACCUCUUUCUCUGCAGGGUCGCUCCCAACGUUGUUUCAAGGGUCAUAAUGUCCCAGUAACAACCCUGGCCGAUGGGUUGCUGGGAAAAUCCGGGACGAAGCUGCUCGCCAGUGGAGGAGAAGAUGGCAGCGUCCGACUGUGGUCCUUCAGCUCGAGUGGCAAACGUCAACCUCUGGUGGCCACACUCCAUGGCCACGAGAGACCCAUCUCUUUCUUGACAGUUGCUGGGUAUGAUCUUGGCCUACUCCUCUCCCAGUCAAUUUCAUAUUAGUUACCAUCAUUUCGUAAUCAUAAUCUAUAUUCUGUCCACAACAUCAUCUCUGAUGCGUCCGAAUUCCCUGCUUCCUUCGCCCACGAGGCAUCUUUCUCUUUCUGAUCAUUACAUUAGGGUAUAUAUACAUAUUUAUUCAGAAGCUGUUCUUGCAGGCACAGUCCGUCUCUUCUUGUGAGUAUCACCAAGGAUGCCAAGGUGCGAGAUAUUCCUUAAAUUUACGUUUUUUUUUCUUGUGAGAUCCUCAGGAAAUCUAAAGGACCAGUCUUUUUUUGGUUUUGUAUUUUAUUUUCUGCUCCACUUAAUGGAGUCGGUCCUUCUUAGGAUUAAUUCCAGCUCCUCCACCACCUCCACAGAUCAGGGUCUGGGAUGCAAUGACCACGACGUCCGCCUCCCGUUCUUCAUCCUGUGUGGGAACGGCCUCCCUCUCUGGGCAGCCAGUCGGCAUGAAGUGCCAUGAGGCUCUGUGUUACAUCGCCGCCGGCUCGUCUGUCACUGCAAUAGACUUGAGAACAAUGCGGAAGGUCUCCACCUCCGCCAUCCACCCCACUAAGCUCCACUCCUUCGCGAUUCUCCCCUCGAAGCCCUUGAUCUGCACGGGAGGAGACGAGAAGUGAGCUCCUUCUUCUUCUUCUUCUCUUCUUCUCUAUGAGCCGUGGCUUAGGGUUCUAGAUCUUCGCCUGUUGCAGAGCAAUGCUGUGGGAUGUGCGGAUGUCCUCUGCGGCAGAGGCGGAGGCCGAGCCGGUGGCGACUCUGGAUGGGCACGUCGGUCGGGUGGCGGCGAUCCAUGCCGACCGCUACAAGGUGGUCACCGGCGGGCCCGACGAUCUCUUCGUGAAGGUUUGGGAGGCGGACACUGGAGCGCCGACGAACUCUCUGGAGUGCUGCUGCAGUUCGCCGCCGGCGGAGGCGGCGGUGGGCUUGUCGGCCAUGGCGGUUGACGGCGCCCGCAUCGUCACCGGCGGCUACGGGGAGGAGCCGCAGCUGCUGUGUUUCAGAGACUACUCCAACUCCUCCGUCCCCAUGACCGAUCGUGAGCAGGGCUCGUCAUCAAAGUUUUGGGAGGAACCGUCAUCUUCGUCAGACGACAGACCCCCAGACCCACUGUAG